AUGGAUUUCUAUAAUGUGUCGGUAUUGUAUGACAACACCUCACCGGUUGCAGUGAACUCAUCUGAAUCUUCAACAGGUGGGGGUCAUGAUGCCUACUACAACAACGCCAUCUUGCCCACCAUAUUUGGCAUCAUCUGUUUCCUGGGCAUUAUGGGUAACUGCAUGGUUAUCUACACCAUCCUGAAGAAGACCAAGUGCCGCGCCAAGCAGACCGUUCCCGACAUCUUCAUUUUAAAUCUGUCCAUCGUCGACCUCCUCUUCCUCGUCGGUAUGCCCUUCCUCAUCCACCAAUUGAUGGGCAACGGCUCGUGGUGCUUCGGAGCCACUAUGUGCACAGUCAUCACCGCGCUGGACUCCAACAGCCAGAUCGUGAGCACCUACAUCCUCACAGUCAUGACUCUGGACCGCUACCUGGCCACUGUCCACCCCAUCCGCUUCAACUACGUUCGGACACCGUGCGUGGCAACCGUGGUUAUCGUUCUAGUAUGGACGCUGUCGUUGCUGACCAUCAUCCCGGUGUGGAUGUACACGGGCCUCAUGCCUCUGCCUGGCGACCUGGUGGGCUGUGCCCUGCUACUUCCCGAUCCGUCUACCAACAUCUACUGGUUCACACUCUACCAGUUUGUCCUGGCUUUCGCUCUGCCUCUCCUCAUCAUCUGUGUGGUCUUUUUCAAGAUCUUCAAGCACAUGACCACCAGCGUGGCCCCCUUGCCCCCCAGGAGCCUGAGGGUGCGCACCAAGAAAGUAACCCGUACGGCAGUGGCCAUCUGCCUGGCUUUCUUCAUCUGCUGGGCCCCUUACUACAUCCUCCAGCUGGUUCACGUUGGAGUCCAGAACCCCAACCCAGCAUUCUCCUACGCCUACAACAUAGCCAUUAGCAUGGGCUACAUUAACAGCUGCAUCAACCCGUUCCUCUACAUUGUGUUGAGUGACACCUUCAAGAGGCAGCUCAUCGUGGCCAUGCGGCCGGUCCACAGGAAGUUCCGGGUCAACCCCACCAGCACCACGGAGGGUAGUGUUAGUCUGAGAUUGACCACUGACAGACCCCAGCAGGAUCAGAGCUCCAGGGAGCUGCUGCCUGCCAAUAUGGCCGACCACUGA